AUGACCAAACGACAACGUUUUGUGCAAAAUGGGUUGAGAGAUUUCCAAAGUAGGGCACGACGUCGUUAUGUGAUUGUUUGGAACUUGAUGAUUCGUGGGUUUUGCAAGUUGGGUAAUUUGGAGAAGGGUUUGAAGCUUUUCAGACAGAUGAAGGAACGGAGCGUGGUUUCUUGGAAUCUCAUGAUUUCUUGCCUAGCGCAUAGUAAGAAGGAUGAGAAAGCUCUUGAUCUUUUUCGUGAAAUGUUGGAGCAGGGUUUUGAACCAGAUGAGGCCUCAUUGGUCACGGUGCUGCCUGUCUGUGCUCGCCUGGGAGCUUUGGAUGUUGGGGAGUGGAUCCACUCUUACGCAAAUGCCGAGGGGUAUAAUGGAAAGGGUGAAGUUGGGGUUGACUUGUUUGGGGAUAGAGGGCGCGAGCUGUUUGCUUCUAUGACUAUAAAGUUUCAGCUUUGUCCAAAACUGGAGCACUAUGGCUGUGUUGUUGACCUACUUGGGCGUUGUGGGCAUGUGAGGGAAGCUCGUGACUUGAUUAGAAGCAUGCCCAUGAAGCCAACUGCUGCCUUAUGGGGUGCACUGCUUAGUGCUUGUCGUACUUAUGGUGACUUGAUUAGAAGCAGAUCACAAUACUCCGAAGAACAAUAUUAG